CUCCCAUUUAGUGGGCGUGUUUAAUUUAAGCAUGUUCGUUGUUUACAAUAAGUUAUCAUUUCCAAAACAACUGGGUCAGGCAGCUGUUGAAUCAUGGCAAUACACAAAAUACCUGCACAGUUUUUGUGCAUUGGACGUAGAACUUUUAGCUAUGGAUCAAUACGUUUUUCAUCAUCGGAACCAUCCAUGCCACCAUGUGACUUUGUACCAGAGAAGUACCAGGGAAUAAGCUACGAUGAUGCUAUGAAGGUCAGAAGUAAGAACCUGACCCCAGCUUUGUUGACAUUCUACAAGAAACCAGUCAUGAUAAACCAGGGUCACAUGCAAUGGCUGUGGGAUAUCAAUGGCAACAGAUACCUGGACUUGUUUGCUGGUAUUGUUACUGUUAGUGUCGGACAUUGCCACCCUAAAGUUACAAAAGCAGCAGAGAAACAAAUGAGAAAACUAUGGCAUACAACUAAUAUAUAUCUUCAUCCAGCCAUCCAUGAAUAUGCAGAGAAACUUGUUGCUAAACUACCAGGAGAUCUUAAGGUUGUGUAUUUUACUAACAGUGGUUCAGAGGCUAAUGAUCUGGCAUUGUUAAUGGCCAGGAUGUAUACUGGCACAUUUGAAGCUCUCUCACUCAGAAAUGCCUACCAUGGAGCCAGUCCAUAUCUAAUGGGACUUACAGCAUUAUCUACAUGGAAAUUCAACAGUCCCACUGGGCUGGGAAUACAUCAGACAAUGAAUGCAGAUCCUUACAGAGGCCCAUGGGGAGGAGCAAGAUGUAGAGAUUCUCCGUCUCAGGUAGUAGGUAGAUCAUGUGACUGUGCUAUAGGUCAGUGCCAAGCUGGAGAACAAUAUUUGGACCAGUUAAAGGACACAGUAGCAUUCUCUAUGCCAAACAAAAGAUGUGGUGCCUUCUUUGCAGAAUCUAUUCAGGGAGUUGGCGGUACUGUGCAGUUUCCUAAGAAUUUCUUGAAGCCAGCUUUUGAACUCAUAAGAUCUCAUGGAGGAGUUUGUAUCUCAGAUGAAGUGCAGACAGGAUUUGGAAGACUUGGAUCUCAUUUCUGGGGAUUUGAAACUCAUGACAUAGUUCCUGAUAUAGUAACCAUGGCCAAGGGUAUUGGUAAUGGAUUCCCCUUAGCAGCUGUUGUCACCACUCCAGAGAUAGCUAAACAAAUGGGAACAGCUCUACAUUUCAAUACAUAUGGUGGUAACCCAAUGGCAUCUGCUGUAGGAUCAGCUGUUCUUGAUGCAAUUGAAGAAGACGGAACACAGGAAAACUCACAUGUAGUUGGAACAUAUUUUAUCAAUAAGUUAAAAGAACUCCAGAAUGAAUUUGAUAUUAUUGGAGAUGUAAGGGGCAAGGGACUCAUGAUUGGUGUAGAAUUAGUAUCAGACAGGGAAAAGAAAACACCUUUGUCAACAGAUAUAGUUGGUAAGAUCUGGGAAGACAUGAAAGAUAUGGGUUUAUUGGUUGGAAAAGGAGGAUUUUAUGGCACAGCACUAAGAAUUAAACCACCUAUGUGUAUAACUAAAGAAGAUACUGACUUUUCAAUUGAUGUUAUGAGGAAAGCGUUUCAGAAUUCCUGUUCUUGAAAAGAAGACUAAAAUAGUAACUAGAAGUAUUACACGGUGCUGACUACUGCAAGAUUAUGAAAUUAAGUAUAUUUUUUAAAGUUUGUUCACUUUUGAAGAACCAAGCUCAACAGUAUUCUUUAAUUUUGAUUUUACAUUAACUUUAUAUAAAAUUCAAUCUGGUCAUUUCAAUGUGGCAUAAAGCAAUAUUUGUAAGUUUUCAUUAAACAAUUCUAUACUACAGAAUAUGUAACGUAAGUUUUUAUUUGAAGUUUCUUCAUGUUUAUUUUAUAUGGUAAAAAAGGAAGCUAACUCCUAGAUUCAAAAUAUGUGAUUUAUCUCCCUUUGUUACAAUGCUGAAUCUCCGGAAAAGCAUUUAACCAAUUACCAGACUCAUGAACAAUGGUUUUGUUUACAUAUUUUGAAUAAUUUACUGAAUUGAAUGAAAAUUGUGAUCUUGUGGUGUAUGUUAAGCAUCAAGUGUAAAAAGUAUCUUUUAGAGAAUAUGUAUAUUAGAAUAAUUUGCUAAACAAUCAGAACUAGAUAACCAGAUUUCAAUCCCGAUUGACAUUCAAUUAUUUUAUUUGAUAGAUAAUGGUUUUGGAAUUGUUGUAGUGCAUGCUGGAAUCCAGUGUUUAAGGGUUAUGGGUGUGAUCCAUAUGCAGGUCGGAUUUUUGUUUGAUAAUGCUUUUUGGUAUGAUAGAUAUUGCUAUAUGUAUGUCUAAAUAAUUUUUUUAUUGCUUUCAGUCAGAGAUUUGACAGUGUUUUAUAUUUGUAAACGAACCGUAAUUGAAAUUGUGCACAGCUUUUUCUAGUCAUAGUUAUGAAGUCAUGAUUAGUUGCAAUAUUAACAAGCAAUAUAAGUAUAUAUUUAUAUAUUUCAUGGAUAUGUCUGAUAAACUAUGUAAGAAACUGGUGUAGUAUUCCAUUUUAUAAAUAGAGUGUAUGUUUUUGGUAAUAACUGACACUGGGUGAAAAGGGGGGAUUAUUACUACCAAUUAUAUUAAAUAUUUAUAAUUACGAAAAAUUUGAUAUUGUUUAGAUAAAACCAAAAAGUAUCUUAGUCUACAUUUAAAUUAUUUAUGCAUAUUUCAUUACAUUAAAUUGCACAUUCUCAUGAUUGGUCUAUUGUUGUCACAUGUAUUUACAAAAUAAACAUUAUGUUCAUUUUAUGGUGGUUGUUUAUUUUAAUGUGUAUGAUAACGGCACUGUCAGCAAACAAAAUUAUCUAUCAUUAUACAUGUAUCAUGAUUUAUGCAUUACCUAAUGAACUAUAUUGAAACAAAGCCAUAUAUAUCUAAAGUGAAUUGAUUUUUCUGAUGUUCAACUUUUACAGCGGUUUCAUUGGCUGAUAUUUAGUGUAUAUCUUUAUUGUUUUUUUCUAUAUAUUUAUACACAAAUGUUUUUGUUUUUAUAUCUAACUGUUGAUGGCUUUUUAUUACUUCGUGCAAUUAAAUACUAGGUAUACUGAUAUUAUAUAUAAAUAAAUAUGUUGACAAAU